AUCCCAACCACCAACCCCGCCAUCCUGGGAAGACAGUACCUCAUAUACCUCAGUUAUAUAUACCCACUCCCUCUCCUACAAAAUUUGCGUUCGCCCCUUCUCUUCUCUUCUCGCCCAAAGCCGAAGAAAAAGUCAGACCUCUCUCAACUCUUCUCCGGCCUUUUCUACCUCCUAAAGAGAAAAAUGGCUUCUCACAUUGUUGGAUACCCUCGUAUGGGGCCAAAGAGAGAGCUUAAAUUUGCUCUUGAAUCUUUCUGGGACGGGAAGAGUAGUGCAGGCGAUUUGCAGAAGGUGGCAACUGACCUCAGGGCUUCCAUCUGGAAACAGAUGGCUGAUGCCGGGAUCAAGUACAUCCCCAGCAACACCUUCUCUUACUAUGAUCAGGUGCUCGACACCACUGCUAUGCUUGGUGCCGUCCCAACCAGGUACAGCUGGACUGGCGGUGAAAUUGGACAUGACACCUACUUCUCAAUGGCCAGAGGAAAUGCCUCUGUCCCUGCCAUGGAAAUGACCAAGUGGUUUGAUACAAACUACCACUUCAUUGUCCCCGAGUUGGGCCCUGAUGUGAAAUUCUCUUAUGCUUCCCACAAGGCAGUGAAUGAGUAUAAGGAGGCUAAAUCUCUGGGAGUAGAUACCGUUCCUGUUCUUAUUGGCCCAGUCUCUUACUUGUUGCUAUCAAAGCCUGCUAAGGGCGUUGAGAAAUCUUUCCCACUUUUGUCCCUUCUUGACAAGAUCCUUCCAAUCUACAAGGAAGUUAUUUCUGAAUUGAAGGAUGCUGGAGCCUCUUGGAUCCAGUUUGAUGAGCCCAACCUAGUGAUGGAUCUUGAGGCCCACCAAUUGGAAUCUUACACUAAAGCAUACUCUGAACUGGAGUCUACUCUGUCUGGCCUUAAUGUUCUUGUUGAGACUUACUUUGCUGAUGUCCCUGCUGAAGCAUUUAAAACCCUAACUGCUUUGAAGGGAGUCACUGCUUUUGGGUUUGACUUGAUCCGUGGAUCUAAGACUCUUGACUUGAUUAAGGGUGGAUUCCCUUCAGGAAAAUUUUUGUUUGCCGGAGUUGUUGAUGGUAGAAAUAUCUGGGCAAAUGAUCUUGCUGCAUCACUUAGCCUUCUGGAAGCUCUUGAGGGCAUUGUUGGCAAAGACAAACUUGUUGUGUCUACCUCAUGCUCCCUUCUCCACACUGCUGUCGAUCUCAUUAAUGAGACCAAACUGGAUGAUGAAAUCAAAUCUUGGCUUGCAUUUGCUGCUCAAAAGGUUGUUGAAGUGAAUGCUUUAGCAAAGGCUUUUGCUGGUCAAAAAGAUGAGGCAUUCUUCUCUGCUAAUGCUGCUGCCCAGGCAUCGAGAAAAUCAUCUCCUAGAGUAACAAAUGAAGCUGUUCAAAAGGCUGCUGCAGCGUUGAAGGGCUCUGACCACCGCCGUGCUACAAAUGUUAGUGCUAGACUUGAUGCUCAACAAAAGAAACUUGAUCUUCCCGUUCUUCCAACCACCACCAUUGGUUCAUUUCCUCAGACAGUGGAACUUAGAAGAGUUCGUCGUGAAUUCAAGGGCAACAAGAUUUCUGAGGAUGACUAUGUUACGGCCAUCAAAGAAGAAAUCAGCAAGGUGGUUAAGCUGCAGGAAGAGCUGGAUAUUGAUGUUCUUGUUCAUGGAGAACCUGAGAGGAAUGAUAUGGUAGAGUAUUUUGGGGAGCAACUUUCUGGGUUUGCCUUUACAGCAAACGGAUGGGUCCAAUCUUAUGGGUCUCGUUGUGUGAAGCCACCAAUCAUCUAUGGUGAUGUCAGCAGGCCUAAAGCAAUGACUGUCUUCUGGUCCAGCAUAGCUCAGAGCAUGACCAAGCGCCCAAUGAAGGGAAUGCUCACUGGCCCAGUCACCAUUCUCAAUUGGUCUUUUGUCCGAAAUGACCAGCCAAGAUUUGAAACUUGCUACCAGAUUGCUUUGGCAAUUAAGGAUGAAGUAGAGGAUUUGGAGAAGGCUGGAAUCACUGUUAUCCAAAUCGAUGAAGCUGCUCUGAGAGAGGGAUUGCCUCUUAGGAAGGCCGAGCAUUCGUUCUAUUUGAACUGGGCUGUUCACUCUUUCAGAAUCACCAAUUGUGGCGUCCAAGAUACCACUCAGAUUCACACCCACAUGUGCUACUCGAACUUCAAUGAUAUCAUCCACUCCAUCAUUGACAUGGACGCGGAUGUGAUCACAAUUGAGAACUCCCGCUCCGACGAGAAGCUCCUCUCAGUUUUCCGUGAGGGGGUGAAGUAUGGGGCAGGAAUUGGGCCGGGUGUGUAUGACAUCCACUCUCCAAGAAUACCCACCACUGAGGAGAUUGCAGACAGAAUCAACAAGAUGCUCGCCGUUCUUGACACCAACAUCUUGUGGGUCAACCCGGAUUGUGGCCUGAAGACCCGCAAGUAUACUGAGGUCAAGCCAGCUCUUGAAAACAUGGUUUCUGCUGCCAAACAGAUCCGCACUCAACUUGCCAGUGCCAAGUGAGACUGUGAGAGAGAGCCUCCAGUAUUUAUUUGUAUGUCUUUGCCGUAACACACGUGUUUGGGAUGAAAAUUUAAUGUCUGUGUGUCUGUCUGUCUAGGUUUAGCGUCUUUCCGGCUCUUUUUAUUCUCUGUUCUUUGGUUUUCGUUUUGGCUUUGUUUCCAACAUUUACCCUUCUGAAAAGAAGUUAUAUCCUGUAGUUUUUACGGUUUGUAGCCUAAAUGUAUUUUUUGGCCACAAAACUCAUUUCGUUACCCUAAGCAUUACAAAAAUGAUGAUACCCUCAGUUUAUUGUUCGAACCCAUCUUGUUCAAAUUUUAAUUACUUUGUACGUGUUUUCUUUUGAACCAGCAAACUUCAUUUUUGUCUUUACAACUUGUCAAAAAAAUAAUAUACAGCAUCGUAU